AUGUCUUCUCUCACCUGGGACGGACUCACCUUUGGUGUAGAACUCGAAUUCAUGGCUGCUCCUCCCGAACGAGCCCACUGGAAAUUGUACACCCCGGCAGCAGCAGCACGAUCCAACGUCUCCAAGCUGCUCUCCCAGCACACUACUCUUCCCAUUGCCUGUGAGUGCGAGCACUUCGACAACGAGGCUUGCGCCGUCUGUGCUGACAUUCCCGACAAGUACAAGGUAGAUCGUGUAUGCUACAUCCAGCCUGGAGCAAGCGCUGAGUCCAUGGUGGCGGAUGCCUGCUUUCUCUUCAAGUACGAAUUCCUCGAAUGCGUCAAAGCUAUCAACGCAGAGCGCUGCUGGCCUGGCGUAGAGGUGUGUACCCCUAUUCUCGGCCAAGCUGAGUUAGCUUCUGGUCUUCCUACCAUCAAGACUUUCCUUUCGGCUCUCCGAAAGACAGGUGCUUUUAUCACGGCAGAUGAAAGUUGCGGCAUGCACGUCCACGUCGGCGUCGAAGAAGGCAUGACAGUUUAUCUCGCAAAGAGAAUCACGACACUCGUCGUUCUUCUCGAGAACACUCUCAUUCUUCGUCUCGUUGCGCCUUGCCGAUGGACAAGUACCUAUGCUAGGCCCAUCUGCGACGACUCACAGGCUGCGGAAGAGGAUACCCUCACUAUCGAAUGGGCUGACAUGCAAGAUUUCGAGAAGCACAUGCCUUCGCAGUCGAGCAUGCGUCCGAGCAAGUGGAACAACAAUGAUCCCAAGAUGUACUACAGAAUGCUUCGUACCAUCUGGUCGUGCAGAGACCUGGACAAUCUCUCAAUGCAGCUUCGAAGGAGAGGUAUCAGCCGCUGUGGCCUUGCAAUCGCGUUGCGCAAUGCUGAGGUUAGUCGCAAUAAGCUCUACCCGCGAAGCAAAUAUGAAGGGACACCCACAACUGUUGAGUUCCGCUACUCACAGAUGACAUUCGACCAUGUCCUUCUCCGCAACUGGGUCGAAGUCGUGGCGCGCAUCGUAGAUCUUGCGCGGGCCCAAGAUGAAGAGUUCAAGAAGAUUGUUCAGACGAUUAUCGAUCUGAACUAUGAGGCCGGUGUGCAACAUACUUCUGCUUGGAAGUCUUUGUUGGAACGAGUGUUCAAACUGGAGCAUCGCAUUCCCGAAUGGGAGGCUCAGCUGGACAAGUUCAAGCAAGGUGAGUACAUUUCUCUCUUGAACAAAAGACUUCUUCUCCUACCAGAGUAG